AUGGGUCCCAACAGCGAAAGUCAGGAUAACAUAUCUCCGGGCUCUUCAGCAAACAAUCUGGGCCAUUGGGACAGUGUCACAGUUUAUGAUUUCGACAGCGAUGGCCGAGCCGAGGUGGCCGUCCGAAUCGCCAAUGGAGUCACCUUUGGCGACGGGCAGCGUUUCACACACGCAAACGAUGACGAGCAGUUCAUCGCCAUUCUAGAUGGACGCACUGGCGCGCUUCGCGCGCGAGCUCAGAUCCCUACCGAUUACAUCUCCGACGGUCCCUUGGCUGCGAGAUUUGGAGUCGGCUACCUCGAUGGCCGGCAGCCCUCUCUCGUUGCCUAUAUGAAGAAUCGCAAAGAAGACGGGGACUUCAACCUCCUGAUGUCUGCGUGGAGUUUCAGUGGCACUGCUCUCAAGAUACAAUGGAAGUGGCGUCGAGAGGGUCAAGAUGCUCCCGACGGCCAUAACACCCGGAUCAUCGACGUUGAUGGCGAUGGUCAAGAUGAAGUGCACGAAAUCGGGUUCACCCUCAACGGCGAUGGCCAGCUCCGCUACUCUUUGGGCCCACAAGGCAUUGUCCAUGGCGAUCGAUUCCACAUUGCUAAGAUGGACCCCCAACGCACCGGCCUGCAAGGGUAUGGUAUUCAACAGAAUAACCCAAACGGACUUCUUGAGUACUAUUACGACGCCACUCAGGGAAAGAUCAUUUAG